AUGGCUGAUACUAGAUAUUUACCGGUAUUAAAAUUAAUAGCUUCUGCUCUUGCAAAAUUUCCACCUUAUAUAGGCCAAGAACUACCUGAUGAUUACUUGAAUAAAGUUAUUCAAUCAUGGGCAUAUCUUGAAGAGCAUAUGAUGGUUCUUGAAAAUGCAAAUACAGGAGAUUUUAACAAUGCGGUCAAGUAUAAUAUUUUAAAAUCUAUAAUAGGUGGAAAAUAUAUUCCAGUACCGGCAAAUAAUAAUCUUGUAGUAGGAAAUCUAGCUAUAAAUUCUCCAGAUACAUUACGGGCUUGA